AGUAGGGGGCGACUUUUUUAAACGAUUUUGCGUUCCUUGUGUGGACAAAAGAAAGACACACUGACUGAACCAAAUAUAAUUUACAUACGGCAUAGGCUACCCAACCUGAUCAACUGAAAAAAUGCCUAAACUACAGUUGUUGCGUUUAUUUUUAAAUGAGCGUUUAUCGGAGUCUGCUGCUGUGGAGAUUUUCGAAGCAGUUGAGAAAGCGGUAGCGGAGUACCAGGAGGAGAAUGAUCGGCUACGGAGACUGCUGCGGUUCACACCAGAGAUACAACUAUGUAGAAUAGACUCCCUGCAGUUCUCUCUUGCUGUCUCUGAAGAGAAGGUUCCCCCUGAGCAGCAGCACUGUGGGCAGGAGUGGAGCUCCAGUCUGGGGCAGGAGGACCCAGAGCCCACACAGAUCAAAGAGGAACAGGAGGAACUCCGGAUCAGUCAAGAGGAAGAGCGGUUUCAAGGGUUGGAGGCUGACAUCACAGAGUUCAAAUUCCCUCCUACCUGUGUGAAAUAUGAAUGUGAUCAGGAGGACCCACUUCAGUCCAUGACUGAACAGACUAUGGAGAACAGAGAGAGUGACUCCAAACCAGUUGAUCUCAAACCUUUUGGGACUGUGACCCGCCUAAAGGGUCUCGACAUUCCCUUUGACCCUCCAGGUAGUCAAAACAAUGCCUCCAGUCACAGCUCUGCUACAAGCAGCGACCAUGUAGGACUUAACAGCAGCCCACCAUUGGAUCUAAUUGUGCACAAACUGGCUCACACGGGGAAGAAACUAUUUAGCUGUGGUGACUGUGGGAAAAGCUUCAGUCAAAAGGAACACCUAGGGAACCAUGUACGCAUUCACACAGGAGAGAAACCGUUUAGCUGUGGUGACUGCGGGAAAAGCUUCACUGUCAAGGGGAACCUAACAGUGCACAAACUGGCUCACACUGGAAAGAAACCAUUUAGUUGUGGUGACUGCGGGAAAAGCUUCUAUCAGAGCCAGGAACUAACUGCGCAUAUACGGACUCACACUGGGGAGAAACCGUUUAGCUGUGGUGACUGUGGGAAAAGGUUUUAUCACAAGAUUACUCUAAACCGACACAUUCAGACUCACACAGGAGAGAAACCGUUUAUCUGUGGUGACUGUGGGAAAAGGUUUUAUCACAAGAUUACUCUAAACAGACACAUUCAGACUCACACAGGAGAGAAACCAUUUAUAUGUGGCGACUGUGGGAAAAGCUUCAGUCAGAAGGAACACCUAGGGAACCAUACACUGACUCACACAGGAGAGAAACCGUUUAGCUGUGGAGACUGUGGGAAAAGCUUCAGGCAGAAGGGGACCUUAAAUACGCAUAAACUGACUCACACGGGAGUGAAAUCAUUUAGCUGUGGAGACUGUGGGAAGAGCUUCAUUCUGAAGGGGUCCCUAAAGUUGCAUAUACAGACUCACACAGGUGUGAAACCAUUUAUAUGUGGAGACUGCGGGAAAGGCUUCUAUCUGAAGGGAGACCUAGGUAAGCAUAUACUGACUCACACAGGUGAGAAACCAUUUAGCUGUGGAGACUGUGGGAAAAGCUUCAGGCAGAAGGGGACCUUAAAUACGCAUAAACUGACUCACACGGGAGUGAAAUCAUUUAGCUGUGGAGACUGUGGGAAGAGCUUCAUUCUGAAGGGGUCCCUAAAGAUGCAUAUACAGACUCACACAGGUGAGAAACCAUUUAGCUGUGGAGACUGCGGGAAAAGCUUCAGGCAGAAGUCGGCCCUAAAGACGCACACACGGACUCACACUGGAGAGAAGCCAUUUCACUGUGGAGACUGUGGGAAAAGAUUCAGUCAGAAUGGGGCCCUAAAGAAGCAUUUAUUGACUCACACAGGAGUGAAAUCAUUGUAGCUGUGGUGACUGUGGAAAAAGCUAUCAGAAAAGACACCUAACUGAACAUAUUCAGACUCACCCAGGAGUUAAACAACAUGACUGCUCAGUCUGUGACAGAACAUUCGUUACGGCUCAUCUGCUGAAGCAUGUUAAUAAUGUCUUCAAAGAAUGAAACGCGGGAGGACAAAUAUACAGUGGGGCAAAAAAUUAUUUAGUCAGCCACCAAUUGUGCAAGUUCUUCCACUUAAAAAGAUGAGAGGCCUGUAAUUUUCAUCAUAGGUACACUUCAACUAUGACAGACA